AUGGGUCAUUCCAGGUCGAAUAAGGGAUCCAAGGCAACGGGCCAGCAUCAACAUUUUGUGGAGGGAAGUCGUCGAACUGGAUUCUCCCCCAGGGAUAUAGUGGAGAGCCUGGACAAACAAGCUAGCCUUGCCGCCAUUGCCAUCGUCAGCAUCGUUUGUCACAAUGCUGCUGGAUGCUGGGCCCUGGCUCCACCCGCCGGCCCUACUUUAGGAGGAUCGGAUGGCAAGCCGCCUUGGCUACGGGAGGACCCGCCGCGAUCAGAAUUGGCAUCCUUGAAUUGA